AAGGGCCCCUCCUUGGCAUGGGUCGGGGCCGCUCUGGCUCCUCCCGGGGGGGUUCGAGCCCCACAAAUUGUCUUCAGUGGGCAAAGUCCGCCCCGCUGGAGCCCCCGUUAUCCCCUCAGGUCUGCACACUGCGCUCAUAACUGCAGCGUCUGAGCCGAGUGGGGGGUUCCCCGAGCUGCCUCGGGAAAGCGCUUGUUCGGGCAGAAGGGGCCAGUGCCUGGUCAACCCCGCGGGGAGAGCUGCCUGCCUUCGACAAACCGGGCGUGUUUCUGUGCCCUUGGGAGCAUCUUCAUGCGAGAAGCACCCCCGUCUCUGUUACCCCAUAAACUAGCCAGCCCUGCCACAUCCCCUGUACGUAGGGUGACCAGAUGUCCCGUUUUGAAAGGGACAGUCCCGUUUUGGGGGACUUUUUCUUAUAUAGGCGCCUAUUAACCCCCAUCUCCUGUCCCAUUUUUCACAGUUGCUAUCUGGUCACCCUACCUGUAUGCCCUGCCUGAGCCUUCCCCAUGGGCCUUGCAGCAUGCCCCGCCCGCAGUCUAAAGCUUUGGGUUCUUUCAGUUCAAAGGGAGAGCUGCCCACGUUAGCUCAUAGGAGAUGUGGGGCAAGGGGAGUGUGAUGAACCCCAUUCUCUUAGGGUUUGGCAUCUAUCUGCUGGUGAUCCACCAACCAGGGGGAUAUAGGCAGCUUGUGACCACACCUGCCUUGUGAUCAGGCCGCACAAACUGCUUAGGCAGCCCAAUACUUAACUCCACAAAACAGCUGAGUGGGAGAGGAGGAGCAGCAGUUUUAUCAUCUUUAGCACAGUGGUUAAACUUAGAGCACUCACCUGGGGUGCAUGUGGUAAACCCCAGGCUUCAGCACCUCCUCUGUGUGACAAGGAGAAGUGAACAGGAAUCUGCCACCUCACAGGAGGAGGGCUGGAUCAAUAGCGCUCCUGAUAUAGAGGGAGUUAGGGCAGAAGCAAGACUAUUGUGAAGCCUUGUUAGGGAUGCAUAGCAAAGCUGUGAUGCAAGUUUAUCUAUGAAGCCCUGGGAAGAGGUCCAGAAAGGAUUUGGGGAGCCCACACACAAGGGUGUGAAGAGCUGAAUGGCCUUCAGACCUCAGAAGGGGAGUGGCAUUUGAUUCAUCAAAAGAAGGAAAACUGAGGCAUAGGAGCAUACUCACCCAGAGAGGCAGCUGCCUUUCCAUCAAGCUGGAAGACGAGCAGUUUUGCGUGGACCAAGUAGUUCUUCUGACAUCACGAGCCAUGUAUCCAUCUGUCUAUCUUAGCUUUUGACCUUACUUGGACUGCUGUGGCCCCUGCCUGUGCAGAAUGGACCCUGUUGUUCUGAGUUAUGUGGACAGUUUGCUGAGGCAGUCGGAUGUUUCCUUGCUGGAUCCCCCCAGCUGGCUUAAUGACCAUAUCAUUGGGUUUGCUUUUGAGUACUUUGCUAGUGACCAGUUCCAAGACUUUUCCGAACAAGUAUGCUUUGUCAGCCCUGAAGUGGCUCAGUUCAUCAAGUGUGCCACCAGCCAGGAGGAAGUAGCCAUGUUCCUGAAGCCGCUGGGCCUCCCGCACAAGGAGGUUGUGUUCCUGGCCAUCAAUGAUAACUCCAACCAGGCUGCUGGGGGCACCCAUUGGAGCCUCUUGGUUUACUUCCGGGACAAAAACUGCUUUGCCCAUUAUGACUCCCACAGUAAGAGCAACUCUGCCCAUGCCAAGCUGGUGGCAGGGAAGCUGGAGGCAUUUCUGGGAAAAAGAGGAGGCAAAGUGGCCUUUGUAGAGGAGAAGGCCCCUGCCCAGCAGAACAGCUAUGACUGCGGAAUGUAUGUGAUCUGUAACACAGAGGCUCUGUGUCAGGGAUACUUUAGGGGACAGCAGGAGCCAGUACUGCAGCUCCUCACUCCUUCUUAUAUCACACGGAAGAGGGCAGAAUGGAAAUCUCUCAUUGCCAAACUUGCAUGCAAAUGACUUAAAUGUAAUUGUCCCUGCUUCCAACAACUACCUUUCCAGUCCUCUAGUCUCCACCCCCAGUGCCUGAGGGAGAUAUCUGUGUACAGAAUUUCUCCGCAGAAAGAAUGUAACCCCUCCAGCAUGGCUACACCCUGCACUACCCCCAAUGAAAAGCCUUAGUCUGCUCUACAACCCACUAGCCUUCAGACUUAAGUACUGGUAACAUCACUUUUUGCAUUCAGCAGAACCUUCUGAAAGGCAGUUUUAUUACUUCAAGCACUUUUCUGGCUAUCUCAGACUAGGUUGGUGAAGAUUCCUCUCACCCCCACAGUAAGCAAUGUGCCCUCACUAUGUGAUUUUUAAUUUUCUAUGGACAUUGCUACUCUAAAUAUAAUCCAGUUCAGUGACGUCCAUCAUACAUACAUGUGUCCUUUUAAAAUUAGGCCGUCUCUGAUUUGUCCCUGCCUCUAAUUGUGGUUCCAAGUUAAAGGAUUUAGUAGUCUAGCUACACAACUCUGCCCAAAAAUUUGGUUUUGGGAUAUCUAUAUCUUGUGAUCUGAGAGUGCAAAAUCAAAAGUAAACGCGAGGAUCAUUUAAAGGUGCCUCAAAAGGUAAGAAGAAAAGUGAUUUUUGCUCUCUUUUGCUGCUUUAAGGAUGUAUAACAAAGGCCUGAAUUGUUCUUGUUUUUUUAUUGGAAAUACACAUUUUUUGUAUCCUGGAUAAUUGAAUCUCUGGAAAGCUAGUAGAACAGUGACAAAACAAGUACUAAGAAAGUGAAACCUGGUUGAGGUGGAAAGUGUUUUAAACAGUGAAUAAAGGUUGUUUUCAUCAACACAUACUUAGUACAAAUAUCCUACAAAAAGUUGAGGGGGAAAAGCCUUCGAUUCCACACCUCUACCCCUCCAGUCAAGUUUUAGGACAAUUUGGAAUACGCAUGAGACUGCCAACAACUUCUCUCGCAAAAUCCCCAAAAAACAGACUUUACAUUCCUGAUAUUUCUAAUGGAAAAAAUGAGAAUGAAAAAAGCCUUUGACCCUCUCAUACAUAAUAAAAAGCAGUACCAGGGAAGAGUGUAGUAUCUGAUUUUUAUUUUUUUUAGAGGUGCUGAUAUCAAUGGAAGCUGCAGCUCUUCUGAAAAAUCAAGCUGUUAGUCCUUGGUAUACUUGUCUAUCAUACCAAAUGUAAAUGGCUAAUUCAAAAUAGAAAAGCUUUUGCUGCAGCACUGGAUUACAGCUGGGAUCCAAGAAAGUAGGGCCCAUUGUCAGAAGAAGGGGAUGCUGAUGGAAGAGUGAGCUGUCAGUGUAAAAUGAAGUAGUAUGAAUAUGUAACCGAGAGCCUCACUGGAGACAGUGAGCCAGUUCCUUAGCCUAUGUAAAACAGCAUAGCUCCAUUGAUUUCAACAGCACAACCCUGAUUCAUACCAAAUGAGCAUCUGGCCCAAUGAAUUCUUCCAAAAUGCCCAGUCAAAUAAACAGAAGUGAUUGUGGGAUUGGGAGGAGGGGAGUUAAAGUUCAUUACAUUAUGAUCCUUGUUAGACUUUCCAAUGCUGACAGACUGGAGGGUUUGCCUCUGGCUCUCUGCUUUCUCUUUAUCUUCUUGAAUACAUGGGAAAAGUCAGUUCCGCUGACCUGUGUCUAAAAUCCCUGGAACGGUCUGACAAAAUAGGGUUGUUGAGUCACUUUAUGCUAAGUGCAUUGCCUAGCUGAACAGCAACAUUCUGUACUGCUUGGACAGCCUGCCAAAGUGGGUCAGAGGCAGGACAGUGGGUUGGUCACUCUAAGGUACUGUAAUUUGCUUGUUUUUCUCCCCAUUCCCUAUUUGGUGCCCCUGCUGCUACCAAGAAGUAACUAACUAACACACAGACACACAUCCUCACGCAUUUGCCCUGCAGCACUGUUGUGCAGACACUUACUACUUCUAAUAUCUGUUCCAGAUUAGCUGUUCAGUCAAUACACAGAAAUACUUCUGUCUGUGGUGUGAUAUCAGCAUUAGGUCUCCCCCCCAAAGAGAAUGCUUUUCCGUCUUUGAUCAUUACAGUAUAUGAUAGGAGGGGGAAAGAAAUCAGUCCACCUCCGAUUCCCUCCUCCCAAUCAGACACGUCACUUGGAGAAUCCAGUACCAAGAAUAAAGAAAGAUACCAAUUUAAAAA